AUGACGAACCAGGAUCUGGCUACGAAGUGGACCAAGAGCACGCUGUUACGUGCGCCCUACUGCGGAGACCGCAUUCGGCGAAUCGCAAUGAGUUUCGGCCUCUCACCAUCGGUCGCGGCCAAAAUUCAUUACAUCACAGACUUGCCUUCACCCUUGCUCGUGAAGGUUGUGAAAUACAUGAUGACUACUGAGUGCACGAGUCUAAUUCGGGUGGAAAGUGACAUGCAAAUCUUGAUGUUCCCGGCUCUGAAGCUCUACAUGGCCCUUGGUCCCAAGGUCAUCGACUUGACCGCCUUUUUGUCUUUCUGUCCGAUUCGACUGAAAUAUCAAUAUCUAAAAUCGGCAGUGAUUAGGAUUUCGCAGUUCUCUCCCGACAUCGAAGAGCUUUUGCUGUCGAGUAAAACUCCUCGAAACUACAAAAAAAUCGGUUGGAUCGUGGAUGCUGCGAUGCUGAAGGCGCUUUACAGGCUGAAAAAUCUGCGGGUCCUUCAGCUGGAUGAAGGGUGCUGCUUCGAAAUCGAAGACGUCUUCCAGCUGUGCGAAAAUCUCCCAGGGUUGCAAAUCCUAAGCAUCAACUUCCCAGACAGCUUUCAUGAUUUCGACGAAUAUGAUGAUGAUCCCGACAAAUUUGAAGCAGAUUUAAAAAGAUGCAUGUCGAAUUUGAAAGAAUUUAUCUACACAGCAAGAAUGAAUUGCACUCUUAGAUAUGAGUGCAUCAAGAAUCUUCCGAAUCUGCAAGUUUUGAAGGGGUAUUCUGAUCUCUUCCACCCAAUGGAAGACUACGACCCGUCAACUCCAAAUGAAGUAGUUCCUGGAUACACGAAUCGGCGACACUUAAUGAUUAAUCUUGAUAUGGAAAUCCUAGGAAAUAUACACUUAAAAAAUCCUCACGUCAGGCACAUAACGAUCUUAUGGUUCUAUGAUGAAGAAGACCCAGAUUGGGAGUGGCAUGAAUUGCAUUGUGUUUUGCAGUUCUCCAAUAUUGAGAGCUGUACUUUCCUCAACUUCCCACCCGAUGAUUUGUUCCACUUUAUUCGCAUCUAUGGAGCUAAAUUAAGCUCACUGAACAUCAGUCACGAGAACCGCGAUAUGGAACCAUUCUUGAAUUUAAAUCGACUGUUCACUGCAUGCCCAUUGCUUGAGAGACUACGAUUGUGUCUCGUCAUCAGUGACCCAGAGCCCAUCACCUUUUACGCCUGUCUCAAAGAAGCCGAAUUGAAUGUUUCGUUCCCGAACGGAAGCAGGAACGAGGUGGUGAAUCUUCUGAGUGCCCCCGACUUAGAGAAAGUCAUCUUGGUCAACCCUUGCCUUGAAGAUCUGCGGAAGCUCACUUCCAAAAUGGCAGAUAAAGAAAUCCUGCAGAAGCUUAAGACUCUGGUCAUUGAACUGGAGGUCGAUUCUUUUGCAAAUUUGGUCAAUGUGGAUCAGUUUAACGGAAUCGUUGAUUUCAUUAAACGCGCGGCAGCUUGCCUUAGUAAUUUGACGUGCCUGAAAUUCUACUUGAAUAAUCGAAGGAGUGAAUACGCCAAACUUGCAAAAAGUUUGAGAAAUGGAAGGACGAGAAAUGGAGAACAUCCAGACGUGACUGCCUUUUUCUUAGGCGCUAAUCUUAAUGACGAACCAACCGGCUGGUUUGUGGAUGAAGAACUCAUAAACAUUCUUGAAAGUUAUACUAAAAGUGGAAUUUUGACUGGAGACAAAAUUAAAUACGUUCCUUAA